ACAUAUAAAAAGAUUUUCUGAUAGAAUACCUAGUUAGUAAAUGUUCAACUGUAAACAAAAUGACAACAUUAACGAUUUUAUUUAUGUGUUGUUUUGUCGGAAUCGCAUUUGCCCGAUCUGACGAAGAUAUAAAGAAAUGGUUCAUCAUGCAAGCGUUGGAGUGUAGCAAGGAGCAUCCAGUCUCCGGAGAUGAAAUAGAAAUGAUGAAAAAUCAUAAAAUUCCCAACCACCAGAACGCCAAGUGCCUUGUAGCUUGUCUUUUCAAAAAAGUUGAUUGGAUUGAUGACAAAGGUAUGUUUAACGAUAAAAAUGCAUACAAGAUGUCUGAAAAAGAGUACCCCGAUGAUCAAGCAAGAUUGGACAAUGCAAAGAAGCUGUACGAAACUUGCAUGACAGUGAACAAGGCGUCGGUAGGUGACGAUAAAGAAGGUUGCGAGAGGGCAGCUCUACUGGCAACCUGCUUGACUGAACACGCCCCAAAAAUGGGAUUUUUAAUUCAAUAGUCACCAAGGACCGAUCUUCAUACACCUAGUAUAUAAAUAGGUAUUAUUAGAUUCGUCUAUUAAUCCAGUACAAAUAAAUUAUGUAUAUCUACG